CCUCCUCCUCCAGCAGCCGCGACAGAAGGACCCACCCUGCCCCCCACCCCACCCUACGCCGGCUCCGGCUGCGGAUCUAGCCUCGACUCUUAUUUUAUUUAUUUUGGGUCGUGCACCAGCCUCAGUGCCUGCAACCCGCGCCUCCUCGGCCCUCGGGUGCCUCCUCCCUCGGAUCCGGAUCCCCAGACCCCGGCCACCCUCGCCUCCGCACCCCCAGACCCCCGCCGACUGCCGCGAAUCUCCGCUGCUGGGAUCUUGAUAGCGGCUCUCUUUUGGGGGUUUCUGGUCUUUCGGCAUUUUUGUUCCCACCCAAGGAGAGGAUAUCGUGAUUUUUACCCCUUUGAACCCAGGCUCUGCUUUCUGGGGGGGUGGGGGGGUGCGCCGAGCCGGGGAGCCGAGCCAGCCGAGUCGUGCGGGCUGUGGCAGGGAAGGGGCCACCACCAUGGGAUGUACUCUGAGCGCAGAGGAGAGAGCCGCCCUCGAGCGGAGCAAGGCGAUUGAGAAAAACCUCAAAGAGGAUGGCAUCAGCGCCGCCAAAGACGUGAAAUUACUCCUGCUGGGGGCUGGAGAAUCAGGAAAAAGCACCAUUGUGAAGCAGAUGAAGAUCAUCCAUGAAGAUGGCUUCUCUGGAGAAGACGUGAAGCAGUACAAGCCUGUGGUCUACAGCAACACCAUCCAGUCUCUGGCAGCCAUUGUCCGGGCUAUGGACACUUUGGGCAUUGAAUAUGGUGACAAAGAGAAAAAGGCUGAUGCCAAGAUGGUGUGUGAUGUGGUGAGUCGCAUGGAAGAUACGGAGCCCUUCUCUGCGGAGUUGCUUUCUGCCAUGAUGAGACUCUGGGGUGACUCAGGGAUCCAAGAGUGCUUCAACCGGUCUCGGGAAUAUCAGCUCAACGAUUCUGCCAAAUACUACCUGGACAGCCUGGAUCGGAUUGGGGCCGCUGAUUACCAGCCAACCGAGCAGGACAUCCUCCGAACCAGGGUCAAAACCACUGGCAUCGUAGAAACCCACUUCACAUUCAAGAACCUCCACUUCAGGCUGUUUGAUGUUGGGGGCCAGCGAUCUGAACGCAAGAAGUGGAUCCACUGCUUUGAGGACGUCACGGCCAUCAUCUUCUGUGUCGCACUCAGCGGCUAUGACCAGGUGCUCCAUGAAGACGAAACCACGAACCGCAUGCAUGAAUCCCUGAAGCUUUUUGACAGCAUCUGCAACAACAAGUGGUUCACAGAUACAUCCAUCAUCCUGUUCCUUAACAAGAAGGACAUAUUUGAAGAGAAGAUCAAGAAGUCCCCACUGACCAUCUGCUUUCCUGAAUACACAGGCCCCAGCACCUUCACGGAAGCCGUGGCUUACAUCCAGGCCCAGUACGAGAGCAAGAACAAGUCAGCCCACAAGGAGAUCUACACCCAUGUCACCUGUGCCACGGACACCAACAAUAUCCAGUUUGUCUUUGACGCCGUGACGGACGUCAUCAUUGCCAAAAAUCUGCGGGGCUGUGGACUCUACUGAGCCCCGGCCCCCUGCCCAGAUGCCCAUGCCCUGCCCAGCCCCCACCCACUCUUCCCCUGGAACCAGAGCUCUGCCACUUCUCAGACCACUCUUUGCGCUGAGGAAGAAGAUCCAAGAGGCUGGCGCCAGGGGGGAGGAGGGAACACCCUUCACGCACCCCCACCUGUACCCUCCAACAGCUGGAUGCGUGGUAACAGGGCUGGGCAGGGGUGCUGAGCAGCGUGCCAUGUACCACAAGGCAGAAGACCUCUUCCUACCACCUGGGUGCCACUCAGUGCCACUGCUUUGUCUCUGAGUAUUUUGUUCAGGGGCAGGCGUGCAGGGCUGGGCAAAGCUGCCAUUUUUCCCAGAAUGGGCAUGGUCUUGCACUCCAUGGCUCUUAUAGAAGUCUUGAGGUCUCCUGUCAUCUGGGUGUACAGGUGGCAGGAUGACCCUGUAGUACGGUGCAUGCAGUCUGGGGACAGUAGACGCCAUCCUUCACCUUUGCCUGGCAUUUGUCUGGUUGAGGGCUGCUCCGUCACCAAAAGCCAAGGUGGGAUCAGGCAAAAAUUGUGGAGUGAGGGCUCAGGCCUUGGUAAGGCCUACUGUCUCUGCUCAUCCUCCCCUACAUUUGGCCCCAUUCCUGACUGCCCCCAGCUUGGAAUGCUCUGAGAAUGACUGGCUGUAAAGAUGUGUGGCUAAAGUCCAGUCCUGCACCAGGCAGAGUUAGGGAAGAAGAGGAAGAGUCUGGGGAGGGAAGCAGAGGCAGCAGCCCAGGGCUCUGGCUGUUCUCCUGGCACAGCUGCCCCAAGUAUAAGUGGACAUACUUUUCCUUCUUGAAAUCAGCAGUGAGUCCAGCUGAAACCAGCAGGAUAGGCAGAGGCCUUUUGGCUGAGGGUCGUGGAGGUAGGAGGCCCAGGGAAGGUGUGGACCACACCCUGCAGCCAGCACCCACACUUUGUUCCAUCUUGGUCAAGAAGUCAGGAGGCCCCAUUGGCCUCCCACCCUCCAGGGGCAGAGGAAGGCAAGUAGAGGGAACCAGUGCCCUGGAAUGCGAGCUGUGAGGGCCUAGGUCCGCUUGGACAUACAACCUGCCCACUGUGGGGAGGUUCUAGGAACCCCCCUUGGAGUUUUUCAGCAGAAGUCCGAGUGGAGAGAGGUGAGUGGCUUUUGGUGAUCCUGGCCCUGGUUGGCCUUGGGCAGUCAGCACACCUCCCUCUCACUCCCAGGCACCUCACAUUGCUUGAUGCCAUGGCCAAUAGCCUAGGCAGAUGUGCCACAAGAGGGGAGAGGGCUGCCUCCAGAGAGUCCUCUGCCUCCCUCCUCAAGCCCCAUGUUCUCCUGGUCUCCACUCUAAACCUGGCUCUGUCCCAAGCCAGGCAGGACCCCUGGCCUCUCACAUGCAGCCUCUUGGCCUGACCGGGAACCAGGAAGGAGCCCCAUGCCAGUAGCUCUGGGCUUGUUGGUUCCAACAGGCACAGAGCUCUGGGUGGUACAGGAGAUCCUUCCGUAGUGCUAAAUGCCUUGCCCUAAGGUGCCCCUCCCUGCUCCAUCUUGCAACUGCCCCUGGCAGCCAGUCUCUUGAACCAGCCCAUCAGCCCAGUCCACAUCCAUUUACUCACCUCCAUCAUUUUCUGAACCUUGUACCAGGUGCUGGCACAUGGCAGAGGAUAGGCCCUGCCAUGAGAGGCUAAGGUCUACUUAACCAUUCUGCCCAACAUUGAAGUCACUCUGGGUAAGGCCAGCUGUGCCCCUAAUUCCGCCCAGAUUCGGAAGUACUUGAAGAGAGGGAUGUUGUCAAACCCCAUCUGUAAGGCCAUUGACCCUGAGGUGGAAGUCACAGACCUGUCACUAGACAUGGGCUCUUUAUCUCCCCCAGUGGCCAGAGCCCCAGGCUAGAGUCAGAACCCUGGAUUCAUUCCUCCCCGUCUAUAGGAGUAGGGGUCUUGUGGCCUUCCUGCCCUCUUUCCCCAGGCUGCCUUUUUCUUCUCUUGGAUGCUGUCUUGCUCAGUUGUCUUGCACUGCUUUCAACUGGAUGUUCCGCCCCAGCCUGCCAAGGGAGGGGCCUUUGGCUGUCUAGUGUAAGCCCUCAAGGAGAGCAGAUGCAAGGAAGAUUCCCUGGGCACCACAACUCCCAACCGUGUUGUCACCAGUGCCUCUGCCAUGGGGUGGAGGGGAAGUAGCUGGAGGUGGUGUGAGUUUUGGCUCCGUCGUGGAUAUGGAUAUGGGGGAAGGGUUGUGAGUGACCAGACAAGGGUGGAUCACUUAUCCACAGUGGCCCUGGGUGUGUCCACAAGGGGCUGUGCUAAACUCUGAAUGGCUAUAAUUUAGCAGGCCAAGAGGAAGCUGAUUUGUAGGAAGGUUACCUUUGCCAAACUGGUGAAAAUAUGCCCAUCACUUAAGAUGCCUAUGAGCAAGCUCUGUGCCCUGCCCAGGAGCAGUACCAAGAACCAGGUUUCUGCCUUCCCUCUGACAGAGACCCCCAAGGCUCCCUGCCUCAGUGGGGGCUGGCCUGAGGAGCCUGUGUCCUCACCAGUAGCUCUGGCCUUCUGGGUCCCAUGACUACCCAUGCCCUGUCUCUUUCCGUCCCCGCUGCCCUGGCUGAGCCCAGGCAGACUCCUACCAUGUCUAGUGUCAGGAGGGAACUCUGCCUCCUAGCCACUGCUCCCAGACCAGCCCCACUCUACUGUGGAACUGGAGGCACCCCUGCCCACAUGGACUGAGGGUCAAGCGACAGCCUCAGACCUACCCAACACUGCAAAGCCCAGCAGAGAGGGCUCUGGCAUUGCCUCACUAAUCCCUUCCUUACCACCAGCAGGAUUACACCACAGCUCCCACGAUACAUCCUACUGUUGGUACCCCAAUGGCACACUCUUCUUUAUGGCCAGCCUGCAUCUACCUGCCCGCCUUUACCAUCUGACCUAGUACACCUUUAAAUCUUGACAUGUGAUCCAAGCCCAGGAGGGUGACAUAAGGAGCCCCAACUCUUCCCUCCAGACCCAGUAGCAGCUGCCCAGCCCCUAUUGAGUUUCUCUGGUUGCCUGUGCUUAUCUCUGACCCUUCCGAAAGCCUCCAAACAACCAGGCAGCUCUCAGGAGCCAACACCUGAGGCUCCAAUAGAGGUUUGAUCUGGGGUGCUAAAGGUAAGCACCCAAGAAUUCCCCAUCCACAGACGGCAGAGUGAAGGGUCCCAGUAGCCCAGAACACAGGGCCAGUGUGUGAGCCAUGACACUGGGGCUGUGGCACAGCUCCGUAUUGCCCAGUCUCUCAAUGGGGAGAGUUUUGAAUUUAAUUUACCCUCCCAGAAUGUGGAGCUGGGGCCUCCAGACAGACCCCACCCAACCAGAUGGAGGCCAUAUCAAGGAAGAGGUAGGCAGGGGCAACAGCAGAAACACUGGCUCCCAAUCCCAAAUCCUGGACCCUCUCAGGGAGGAGCUCCCUCUGAAGAGCCACUCCCAUCCCCAGGUCCUGUGCACCAAGAUCAGCAGUAGUGUGACCCCAUGUCCUUCACCCAGCUCCCACAUCCCAAUCCUGAGGCCCCACAUUGUCCCACCACACUUGCCCUCCCUGCCCUGGGCAGCACACCUUCACCUGCUGGUUUUCACUCUAAACCUCGCCUCUAAAUCCCACUGCUUCUCAUUGUUGCCCUAGCUGCACCACCCCUGCUGGCUCCCACCUUAGCAGAGCCUUCCUAGGUGCAGUGGUCCCAUCCCCUGACCCACCACCGCCAUCCAACCCAUAUUAACUGUAACUUUACAAGAAGAGUGACUUGUUGGUUUAAUAAAUCUCUAGUUAUUGUAAUAAUUUAUUGGCUGACGUAAUGUAUUAGUCACCUAUCAUUAAUAAAAAGUGCCAGCUCUUUCUAGCGUGUAAUGUGUGUCAGUCAGUGCCCAAGGAGCUUCUGCCAGGUGCACAGCACAACACCUGUCCCUGUGCUAUUAGGUCCACGAGCAGCCUGUGGGGUGAACACAGGCCUGCUGGAUUCCAGGUGCCUGGCUGCCCUGCAGUCCUGGGUGCAGGCCCAGCAGAUUUCCAGUUUAGCCUAUUGGUUUCCUGGCCUGUUUGGUGCUAAUGCCACAUGGUCUGGUGCUGACAACUUUCUUGCUGCUCUCAGGCUUCACUGCAGCCUGAGCAGGUGGAAGACUUGGGGGAGAUAGCUCAGGGGAGGGCUCCUACUGGCUCUGUGGGAAGGCUAUAGUGGGUAGUGGUGGGUGGCUGUUGGCCAUCUGUGACCCUCGCUUCUCUUUUUCAAAUGUUGGCAUUUCUGAUUUGAAUGUAUUCGGCGUGUUUCCUCCUGUGAAGCUCAUCAGGAUGAGCAGUGCUCUCGGCUCCUUGGUAACGGGUCUAGAGGGAUGGGGCGUGAGAGAGGGUCUCAGUGCCGGCGCCUCACCCAGCAGCCUCUUCACUACACUCCCCUAAGUUUCUAGGAUCCACCCUUCUAGGCCCACUCCAAGGCAAGGUCCUGUCCUCAAAGCAGGCCUGGCUGUGCAUGUCUGUUCCCCAGACCCCUCCUCUACUUGUCAUUCCCAGGGCCCCAGACAUGUUUAACGUAUGUGCAAGUCACUCCCACUAGACUGUGAGUUCUCGAAGAGCAGGAGCCUGGUCUGGUCACCCUGCAUCGCUGUGGCAUCCCAAAGGGGGUCUUGCACACUAGUACCAGUCAGAAGUUAUCAGCUGGAAGAGUGAGAGGGACAGCUCUAAAGCCUUGCAAGUGGGAGGCUGUAGAGGGCUGAGCCUCAGCAGGUGCAGACCCUAGAGCCUUUGUGGGCUGGCCUGGAGUCCUCAUCCAUACCUAAGCUCAGGGCCUCUUAGGGAAAAUACCUUUGGCUCAGGCCAUGUACCAAAUGGGCACAGUCCAUAUUCUCAGCUUGGGUCAUCCUUGGAAUGACAGUCAUCCCCACAGACACCUGUGCAGUAAAACUGGGAACUUACCUUUGACUGCGGGUUUUCAGCUCUUCCUUGAGCAGGUGCAGGAUGUUCCUGUGUGGAGUACAAGUCUUGGGGUCUCAGAGACUCACCACCAUUGGUGUCCCAGUGAGCCUUGAGCAUUCCCUGCUCUGGGUCCUGAACAUGGCUUACUUGGCUCUAGGAAAUUACCUGCCCUUUCUAGAGUGGAUUCCAUCAAAAUAGCACAAGGAAAAUGAGUUUUGCUCCUCCUUGAAAGGUAUCAUGCAAAUGACAGGGAGACUUUUGGAGGGAAAUGGGAAUGAAAUUGAUUGGUUGAGACUAGGAGAUCAAUGAAAUCAUAAGGAGCUGGCAAAUGUGUUUAGUAGACUCAAUGGAUGAUAGUAUUGCCUGCAGAUCUUGAAGGAGGCUAAGGCCAUGCCAUGUAUCUGUCACCUGGGACCACCAAGCACUCAGACUGGCCCUCCACCAACCAACCUGAGCCCGUAAGAAACAGGGCUUACAUGUCACUGAUACAGCACUGCAGUGGGAGAAAUGACUGAAGAACUAGUCAUAUGAUGUGUGAGAACAGCCAUGACAUUCUUGUUAUUUAUUCCAUGAAAAGCCACAGACUACUCAAAUUGAAGAAACCACUGCUUAAGUUCUAGAUUUCCCCAGGGCCAAGUAUGAAUCUCUUCUUUCUUUUUACUGUGGUGCCAAGAAUCGAAUCCUGAGUCUCAUACAAGCCAGGCAAAUGCUCUACCACUGAGCUGCAUCCCUAACCCUAGCCUUUGCUCUUUAGGGUCCUAGCUAUGUCACUUUGUUGUGUCCUAAGUGUUGAUGAAGUUAGAUGACACAAGGAAGAUGAAGUAGUAGGCACAGAUCUGCCACAGCGUGGGCUUUGGUGACCAGUGAUGAUCACUUCAUCUUCCUCAACCUCCUGACCAGACAGAGGAAGAUGGCCAUGGCCACUGAGCCAGCAGUUUCCCCAGCUCCUGUGUUUGCUCCUCUCAGGUGGACCAAGUACACCUUUAAAAACAAAAUUCACCACACCGGCUCUCUUCUCUUUUCCAUUCCUUGUUUCAAUCUGUGUUCAGAGGAUAACAUAGCCUAGGUUACCUAUGGGCUUGGGCUUUAGACUCAAGGAGUUAAGUUUGUGGUGGUGAAGUUCACUGGGCUAGUAUAAGGUUCUCAGGGAAAAUAAGGAGGCUGUCCCUUCCCCUACCUCCCUGUGCAGAAACAUCUCUAUACUGCAAAAAUAGAUUACUCAAGUGAACGUGCUUGGCCUCCUAUAGUAGAGAAAUGUGUCCUUGCCUAGGACUCAGCUUUAUUGGGGAUGCUUAUCACAUGCAUCCACUUGCUAAUAAAACUAUGAACAAGGCAGUAGUUUACAUAGGCUCUGCUUACCACCCUUCACAGGUUGGGACAUGGUUGAGCUGGACCCAGUCAGAGCGGGCACGGCAAGUCCCCUGGCACUCCUGGGGGCAGCCUUGGACAGGAGCAUCUCUCCUCAGUGGCAGCCUCCAAGAAUGCCAACAGGACUUGAAGAUUUCCCCAUCCGACCACGGAAGCCUAGAGUCUCUCGCCACUCCCACAGGACAUUCUCUACCCACAUUGGGCCCAGAAUAUCCAACACAGAGAGCCAAAGCCCAGCUCCCCAGUUGUAGUCCAGCACUUCCACGACACAUACACAUUCUGGAGACCCUCACAUGGGUGGAGACCCUGCAGUGGGAAGCUGUCCCUGUCCUCAGCUUCACCCAGAAAACCAUGGUCAGUUCCCAGUGCAGCCUCACCACUGGCCCUGAGAUGAUAGGUGCACUGAUGCAGAGCUGCUCCGCAAGUCUGAAUGAGGUGCCCUGUAAUGUCUGCAGAUUGCAGGUUCAGUCUGUCAGCCUUUUGAAGGAGUCCAGAGCACAGGGGCUCUCUGAGCUGCUGAGGAACCCAGUCCCUCUCUCAAACCUAAUUCUCCUCUUCUCUUUCCCUGUCUCUGUGUCCUCCCUCUCCUGUCUGUC